GAGAAAGCGCGGGAACCAUGAUGGCGGCGGGCGAGGAAGGGGAGGAGAAGGAGGUGACGGCAGCAGAUCAGGCAGAUAUCAACGAAUUUAGUAAACUGAACAUCAGAUUCCAUGAGUUGGAGGAUGACAUCAAGUCCAAGAAGGACCACCUCCAAAACCUGCAAGAUUGCAGUAACGAGAUUAUGAUGCUCCUCGAUGAUUCUGAACCAGUCAAACUGUCUGUCGGAGAAGCUUUCGUUGAGCUGAACCAGGAAGAUGCGCAAGGGCAUGUCGACAAGUGUAUUGAGGAGGUGGAAGGGGAAACAAACCAACUGCAGGCUGAAAUCCUCACGGUGAAGUCGAGGAUGAAGGAACUCAAGGCCAGGCUGACGCUCAAGUUUGGCAAGAGCAUCAACCUAGAAGAAGACGAGAGUUGAUCGCAAUCGUUUACUCCAAAACAUUCUGUGGCAGGCAAAUGCAUGUUCCCGGUAAAUCACAAACUACACAUUCUUGUUCAACGAUCAUCUAUCUAGGGUCAAGAGCUUGACCUGUGUAGUGGAAGGAUAGAGACGAGCAAAAUGAAUACAACAAUGGAUGAGGAAUACUCCUGCUCCAUGUGAAAGAAUUUGGAAAUGUACAGAGGAAGCAGUAGGGUGUUCUGUAUCUCAUGAAUGCCCCCCAUUUCAUUUCACGACUUCUCUUCUCUUCAUGUAGUCUUCAAACGUCUCUGCAUCCGGAGCAUUGCUUUUCUUCGUGCUUGCUGUUUGGAAGUAUCUCUUGUCGUACAACCACUGCGCCGCUUGUGCCUUGAACGCCUGGUCGUUCUGUUCCGAUCCCGAAGAGAUUUUUGCCAUGACUGACUUUUGACGCUGAUAUAAAUAGUCAUGAUAGAAAUGAACCGGCCUUGAGUUCUUAAGGACAGAUACAGAUCCGUCCUCAGAGUCUUCAUUUCGAGCUGAAGAGAUUAGAUCGUCAGAGCUCCCUUCAUCGUCUCUCGCCCUUCCUCGAGGAACGUAACCUCCCGUAGUUGAGUAGCUGAUGCGCUUGCCUGCAGCUGCAGAAACAGGGCGAGAAUUGUCUUCUGGCUGAGAGAACUUGACUGCUGUCGAAGCUGAAAGAUUGGGAGAACUUCUGCUACUACCCAGGGCACUAUAGCUCUGAUCCUGUCGUCUUUUCAUGUACUCCUCGAACGACAU